AUGCACAAACGGGACCUUGUUGCUGGUCUUCCCAGGGUUCUCCCUCCCCUCCCACCCUCGCCUGCUCCUCCCUGUCUUCCCUGUGUCGAGGGGCGGCAGCGCGCCGCUCCUCACUCCUCCUCCUUCUCCCCGACGACUGCUCCUUUGCAGACGCUCCACAUGGACGUGUGGGGCCCAGCCCGCGUCCGUGGUCAGGGUCAGGAGAGGUACUUCCUGAUUGUUGUUGACGACUUCUCGCGCUACACCACGGUCUUCCCCUUGCGCACCAAGGGUGACGUCCCUGAUGUCUUGAUCCCUUGGAUCCGCAGAUCUCGUCUCCAGCUCCGUGAGCGUUUCCGCUCCGACUUCCCUGUCCUGCGUCUGCACUCUGACAGAGGUGGAGAGUUUUCCUCUGGCCUCUUGGAGGCCUUCUGUCAGCAGGAGGGCAUUGAGCAGUCGUUCACGCUUCCGGCCUCUCCACAGCAGAAUGGGGUUGCUGAGCGCCGCAUUGGCUUGGUCAUGGAGGUCGCUCGUACCUCCCUGGUUCAUGCGGCUGCCCCCCACUUUCUGUGGCCGUUUGCAGUCCGAUACGCUGCGCAUCAGCUCAACCUCUGGCUCCGUGUCUCCUUACCGGAGACUUCUCCGACACUGCGUUGGACGGGAGAGGCUGGCGAUGCGUCGCGUUUUCGGGUCUGGGGAUCUCGAGCUUUUGUUCGCGAUACGUCCGCGGACAAGCUCUUCCGUCGCGCUGUCUCCUGUGUCUUCCUUGGCUUUGUCCCGGACGCGCCUGGUUGGCAGUUCUACCACGCCACCUCGCGUCGUGUCCUGGCCUCUCAGGACGUCACUUUUGACGAGUCCGUAGACCCGGUUGAGCCUGUCGAGGUAGCUGUUGACUCUCGUCCUGCUGGGGGUGCUGAGCCUGACCGUGAGGAGUCUGAGGGUACUGAGCCUAGGGGUGCGGAGCCUGGGGGUGAGGAGCCUGGGGGUGCGGAGCCUGGAGGUGCGGAGCCUGGGGGUGCUGAGCCUGGGGGUGCUGAGUCUGGGGGUGCUGAGCCUGGAGGUCCUGAGCCUGGGGGUGCUGAGUCUGGGGGUGCUGAGCCUGAGCGUACUACACCUGGAGGAGCCCUCUCCUCCCGGCAGCUGCAGGAGAGGUACCUACAGUACUGCCGCCUCCGGAGAGGUACUACUGGAGCUCGUACCAGUACUUCCCCUCCUGCCCAGGAGCUCCCCCCCAUUUAG